GCCAUCGGUGUUUUGAUCGGCUUUGCCUGGGAGCGCUGUUUCGAUGUGGCCGUGGACGAAACGGCUGAGAGGGAGCCAGCCGGGGAUGGGGGCCCUUUCCGGCGCCGGCGGCUGAAGGAAUCAAGCAUUACCCGUUGGACAACGCCGGGCGGGUGCAAGGCCCUCCAAGCUUACCGCAGGGGCGAGAGCAUGGAGAAGAAGGCUCUUGAUGAAGCUCGCAGCCUGGAUCGGCUUUUGCAAG